AAACCUAACACCAAUGGUAACAAACCUAAAGCCACCGUAAAGUCAGACCAAUCUUCUAGUGAUGAUUCAGACGACUCAACACAUGCUUCCAAUACUUCCAAACACAACGGGAUUGGAGUCAAUGGAAACACACAACCAGUGUUGCCAUCGAUGCCUAAAUUCAGUCAAUUAAGCGAAGAUCUUCGGUUGAGUGAGUCUGGAAGUGAUAGCGACGACUAAAUACCUAAUUAUCUGUUAAAUAAAGUGUUUUUUUAAUGAUAUCCAUUUGUAUUAUAUUAUUACUUGAGAUU